AUGAAGUGGUUCAUCCUGGCUCUGGUGUGCCUCCAGCUCUCGGAGGGGCUGGUGAGAAUCAAACUGAAGAAAGCCAAGUCCAUACGGGAGAAAAUGAAGGAGGCCGGAGUGCUGGAAGACUACCUGAAGAAAAUCAAGCAUGAUCCAGCCAAGAAAUACCGCUUCAGUGACGACUACGUUGUGUAUGAGCCGAUGACCAACCACCUGGAUUCCUCCUACUUUGGGGAGAUCAGCAUUGGGACCCCACCGCAGAACUUCUUGGUGCUCUUUGACACUGGCUCCUCCAACCUGUGGGUGCCCUCCAUCUACUGCCAGACGGCGGCGUGCACAAAUCACGCCAAGUUCAACCCCACCUCGUCCUCCAGCUUCACCAACAAUGGGCAGUCCUACACCCUCUCCUACGGCAGCGGCACGCUCACGGUGGUGCUGGGCUAUGACACCCUGCAGAUCCAGAGCAUCAAGGUCACGAACCAGGAGUUUGGGCUCAGCGAGAACGAGCCAACCCAGCCUUUCUACUACGCCGAUUUUGAUGGGAUCCUGGGCAUGGCUUACCCCUCGCUGGCCGUGGGAGGGACGCCCACCGCGCUGCAGGGCAUGCUGCAGCAGAACCAGCUCACCGAGCCCAUCUUCAGCUUCUACUUCGCUCGCCAACCCACCUACAACUAUGGGGGAGAGCUGGUUCUCGGAGGAGUUGACACUCAGCUCUACAAUGGGGAGAUUAUGUGGGCUCCAGUGACCCAGGAGCUUUACUGGCAGGUGGCAAUUGACGAGUUUGCCAUCGGGCAGUCAGCGACCGGCUGGUGCAGCCAGGGCUGCCAGGCCAUCGUGGACACGGGGACGUUCCUGCUGACGGUGCCCCAGCAGUACAUCGACAGCUUCGUUCAGGCCGUGGGUGCGCAGAUGACCAGCUAUGGUUACGCCGUUGACUGCAACGAGAUCCAGAACUUGCCCACCAUCACCUUCAUCAUCAACGGAGCCCAGCUCCCACUCAGCCCCUCUGCCUAUGUCAUUAACAGCAACGGCUACUGCACUCUGGGCAUUGAGGCCACCUACCUGGAUUCCCAGAACGGACAACCGCUCUGGAUCUUGGGCGACGUCUUCCUGAAGGAGUAUUACACCGUCUUUGACAUGGCCAACAACCGCGUCGGCUUUGCCCAGUCGGCAUAG